AUGCGCGCUCUGGAUGCGACGACCAACGAGCCAUGGGGCCCUCACGGCCAGCUGCUCGUGGACCUCGCGCGGGCGUCGCACAACCCGUACGACCCGUUCCCCCACAGCGCCGCGGAUCUUGCAUUCACCUCUUUUUCUUUGGCCAGUUCAGCUUAUUCUAUGCCGAUCGAGUACUCCAUGGUCAUGAACGUGCUGUGGAAGCGCUGCCAGGAUGUAGGCAAGGACUGGCGCCACGUGUACAAGGCGCUGGUGGUGAUGGAGUACCUGGUGGCGCAUGGCACCGAGCGCGUCGUCAGAGACCUCCGCGACCGCUCUGCCUUCAUCCAGGUGCCUUCUUUCCCCAUGCUCAGAUCUGUUAUUUCCCUCUCAUUCUUUUAUUCAGACCCCUCCUCUUCUGUGUCUCACCCGUCCCACUGUGGCCUGCGUGGUGGUCGCGUUCAGAGUCUCGCUGAUUUCCAGUACAUGGACAGCGCGGGCAAGGACCAGGGCCUCAACGUGCGCACCAAGGCGCAGGCGCUACUCGCCCUGCUGCGCGACUCCGCGCGCAUUGCUGAGCUCAGGGACCGUGCUGCUGCCACCCGCAACAGGUGUGUGCUGCUGCCACCCGCAACAGGUGUGUGCUGCUGCCACCCGCAACAGGUGUGUGCUGCUGCCACCCGCAACAGGUUCAAGGGCGCGUCAGCAGCAGGCACGGGGCGGGCGUCGAACCCAUAUGGUGACUACGAGCCUGAGAGGCAGUCCAGGGACUCGCACCCCACAGCCAGCUACGGCAGCAACAGCUACGCGGGCGACGGGCGGAGUGUGUACAGCACGGGGUCGGCGGAGAGGGUGCACGCCACUGACAGCGCGCACAGUGGCGAUGGCGAGAGGCCCAGCGGGUACACAGGCAAGCAGAGAUACGGGGAUGAGGAGGAGGUGGAGCACAGCAGCACGGGAGGGGGAGCGGCGAGGGCGAGUGGGCACGAGGGAGGGGGUGCGGCGGGCAGCAGGGUGGCGGGCAGCAGUGCUGGCGGGGAAGGUGUGGCAGGGGGGCAAGGGGGAGGCGGUGGGGGGACGCCACAGAGUGCGCCCAGGCCUGCUGCGGUGCCCAGCACUGCAGCAGCCAGCGCCAGUCCGUUUGAAGAGGAAGGCUUUUCGGCAAGCGCCUACGGCCCAGGCCCAACACAGCCCUACACCUACCCACCCUCCGAUGCCCCUCCUCCUGCUGCUGCUGCUGCUGCUGCUACUGCUGCGGCCCCUGCAGCAGCGGCGUCUGGUGGGGGGGGCGGGGGGGGCUUUGACGACGACGACUUUGACCCGCGCUCCGCAGCGCAGCAGCCAGCACAGCAGCAGUGGCAGCCCGCACCUGCUGCUGCAGUUGGAGAGCCACCUGCCUUUGGGGAUUCGUCCUUCCCAGCCGCGUUCUCACAGCAGCCGCAACAGGCGCUGCAGCCAGGGCACUACCAGCAGCCACCUCAGCAAUAUCAGCAGCCACCUCAGCAAUAUCAGCAGCCACCUCAGCAAUAUCAGCAGCCACCUCAGCAAUAUCAGCAGUCACCUCAGCAAUAUCAGCAGCCACCUCAGCAAUAUCAGCAGCCACCUCAGCAAUAUCAGCAGCCACCUCAGCAAUAUCAGCAGCCACCUCAGCAAUAUCAGCAGCCACCUCAGCAGCAGUACCAGCAGCCGCCUCAGCAGUACCAGCAGCCACCUCAGCAGUACGACCAGCCACCUCCGCAAUAUCAGCAGCCACAGCAGCAGCAGCAGCCAGCAGCAGCACCGGCCAGCCCCCCAGCUGCUGCUGCAGCAGCAACGGCCUCUCAAGAGGGCUUCCACGCCUUCCCACCCGAUGCCCCCCCGCCCUAUUCCUUUUCAUCCGAGCAGCCCCCACAGCAGCAGCAGCAACAGCAGCAGGCAGCGGUGGCGGCAUCUGGUUACGUAGACCCCGCCCAGCCUGCUGCGCCCGUGCCAGCUGCACCAUAUGCCUUCUCUGCCUCAGACGCUGCUCCCACCUCCGCCACUGCUCCCCCCCAUAACACCGCCCAUCACCCCACUCCCCCUGCCUCCGUGCCUGCACCUGCUUCUGCUGCGCCCUCUGGUGCUGCCGGCAGUGAUAGCGGUGCAGCAGGAGCGGCAGCAAUGUGUGGAGAGGGCAAGGGCGGUGUGAGUGCGGGGGCAGGUGCGGGAGUGAAGAAGUCAAGUGUGUUCUCAGACGUGCUCAGUGCUGGCCUUGUGGACCUCAACAUCUCCAAAGCAUGCUCAUGUACCAGCCUUCCGCUCUCCCUUGCUCUGCCAUCCCACUCAACCCCCAUCUCCCUUCUCCCGUGCGCCACCCCCCGCCAACCCGCCUGCGUGGCGGCAUCAGAGCCGGAUGACCCGCUGAGCUCGGUGGGCGUGAUGCCCAAGUCGAAGCUCAGAUCGGCACGCGAGCGCAAGGAGGACGCCACCCGCCAGCAGCAGCAGCACGGGCAGGGGCAGGGCCAGCCGGGGGGUGUGCCCGCUGUCAUGGGCCGUGCCAUGGGUCCUGGUGCUGGUGCUGGUGCUGGUGCUGCUGGCAUGGGUAUGGGGGCAGGCAUGGGGGGCAUGGGAGGCAUGGGUGGUGGGAUGGUAAUGGGAGGAGGAAUGGGGGGGAUGGGAGGGAUGGGGGCUAUGGGUGGAAUGGGUGGUGGAAUGGGUGGGAUGGGAGGUGGUGCUGGUGGUUAUGGCAUGCAGGGUGGUGGGUACGGGGGAAUGGGGAUGGGCGGUGGAGGUAUGGGAGUGAUGGGUGGGGGCAUGGCAGCAAGUGUGGGUAUGGGAAUGGGAGGUGGUGGAUAUCCAAAUCCUCAAGGUGGCUAUCCGACAGGUGCUGGUAACUACCAGCAACCUGGUUACCAGCAAGGCAAUUAUGGUGCUGCAAAUUAUCAAGGCGGAGGUUAUGGUUAUUGA